AUGCUGCAACCUCGUAUAUCCUUGCGAGGUUUCCAGCAAUCCUGCAAAUGCUUUUCUUACAUAUUGUCGCGAACGUAUUCUGCGGCCGUUGACCCUCAAACUGUCACCUCGGGGUCGCCUUUUGAUGCCUCCCUCACUUUUGCUCCUCCACCUUCCCGCGAAAAGGAAGGGCCCCAAAUACGAACCUACAAGCCCCGGACUCCUGGAACAAGACAUCUUCGAAGACCGAUAAACGAGCAUUUAUGGAAAGGCAGACCAGUCAAAGAAUUAAGUAUCCCAAAAAAGGGUCAGGGCAAGGGUGGCCGCAAUAAUUCCGGCCAUGUCACGGUCCGACAUCGUGGAGGUGGCCAUAAACGGCGCUUAAGGACAGUUGAUUUUGAUAGAAAGGAACCGGGCCCGCAUUCUGUCGAGAGAAUUGAAUAUGAUCCCAACCGAAGUGCACACAUUGCCCUCUUACGCUCGAAAGCUACAAAACAGCUGAGCUACAUACUCGCUGCUGAAGGAAUGCGGGAGGGUGAUGUCGUACAGAGUUAUCGAGCGGGUAUCCCAAAAGACCUGUGGGAUAGUAUGGGUGGUAUUAUCGAUCCUGGUAUUUUGGCUGCAAAAACUGCUUGGCGUGGUAAUUGUCUACCUCUCCACAUGAUUCCAAUUGGAACUACAAUCUACAAUGUUGGACUCCAUAAAGAUGGGCGUGCGCAACUUUGUAGAAGCGCGGGUACGUUUGCUACAGUUGUCGCAAAGGCCAUCGAUCCCCCCGAUCUCGAAGCCGAUGUCAUCACAGAUGAAACCGGCGAAACCAAGACGCUCACCCUCCAGGACAAGCACAAGUUAAAGAAGCUAUCGGAAAACGUGACUAUUCGGCUCAAGAGCGGUGAAAUUCGAUUCAUCAAUAAAGAUUGCUGCGCAACCAUUGGUGUUGCGAGCAACUCAAGCUAUCAAUAUAGACAGCUGGGCAAGGCUGGUCGUAGCCGUUGGCUAGGUAUCCGGCCCACUGUGCGUGGUCUUGCAAUGAACGCAAUGGACCAUCCUCAUGGUGGUGGCCGUGGUAAGUCGAAGGGUAAUGUUGAUCCUAAGAGUCCUUGGGGUCUUCCAGCGAAAUCUGGUUACAAAACCCGACCGAAACGCAAGGUCAACAAAGCUGUUAUCACCCCCAGAGUGCGCAACCAAGGAAGACGUCGCAGGGGCUACAAUUAA